AUGUCCGGCAUGGCAGGUGACACCGCAAGCACUGACGAAGCGUCCAGCCCCAUCGACACCAAUGUGAGCAACCCGGACACUCUAGCCGGCCGUGGGCGGGAGUCCGCCAGCAACACCCGCGAGAAGAUUGCCAAUCGUUUCCAGCUGGGUGACAACAAGGCCACCACGCGUCGUCUCUCGGAUACCCCCGAAAGCAUGCGGCGGCAGUUCCGGGAAUUCAGCCCCAGGGAAUCCGCGAAAGAGUCUGCGGAGAAGGGCAAGUCGAUGUGGCAGUCGGCGCAGGAGACAGUGGCCAAGGCGCUGGGUGGGGGAUCGCGUGGCAGCAGUUGA